AUGGAUGAGAUGCAGAGGAACUAUGAGGUGCAGAUGCAGAUUCUGCGUGAAGAGAACGCCGCCGUUUGCCGAAAGGAGGAAGGUAUUCCUUCAACCCCCACUGUGCCCGAUCCGUUAAGACUGAGCCGAGUGCAGCAGCACCGGGAAGCCGAGCGGGUGGAAAGUCAUCUGCCUCCCACAGGACAAGAGCAAUCACAGCCUCCGUGGAUGGAAAAGACACAAGCAUCCAGGGGAAACCCCUCUCACACGAUGGUCGAGAGUUCUGGGGCCAACGAGGGAGGUCACCCUUCCCGACAACCGAUCCACGCGUCGGGGAAUUUACCCUUUACUCAAUUCAUUUUGGAGACACCGCUACUAGAGAGAUGGAAAAUGCCGACGUUCGACAAGUACGACAGAACGACGAACCCUGACAACCACAUGCGGGUCUUCUCGACCUCCCUGACGGGAGAAGCGCUAGAGUGGUUCUCUGAGUUGUCGGCCAACAACAUCUACUCCUUCGCCACUUUGAAGGCCAGGUUUAGCACGCAGUUUGCUCCACUGAGGCCGGCUAUCUUGACGGUCGAUAACUUAGUAAACAUCCGACAGGAAGAUGGGGAGUCGCGGAGGAGUUAUCUCGAUCGAUACAACCGGAUGUCGGUCAAGAUAAAAGACCUCAGCGAUGAAAUCGCCCGACAUCACUUCUCAUAUGGGCUGCAGCCGGGUGUGUUUGUAGACAAAAUAAGCCGCAAGAAGCCGAAGACGAUGGAGGAGAUGAGGGAACGAGCGGCCAAGUUCAUACAGAUGGAGGAUAUGCAGGAGUUUAGGGUGAAGAAGAGAGAGAAGGAAGAUGCAGCAUCCCAGAAGAGCGCCCCUCGACCAAGCAAACCCCUGGCCCGGCCUAGUGAGAAGAAGACACCUAAGUUCACGACGUAUACCCCCUUGACCCUUCCCCGGGCGAAGAUUCUGCAGGAUGCCUUCAGCGCCGACUCACUUCCAGCGUCCAGAAAGAAGCCUCCACCCCCCGAUGUCAAUGGCAGCAAGCACUAUCAAUACCAUCGAACGAUCGGCCAUACCACUAAAGAAUGCCACACGCUCCGCGACAAGAUUGAGGAGCUAAUUCGGUAA